AUGGAGUGCAACAUCCGAGACGACGACGCAUUUAACAUCAAGAAGCCCAAUGGCAUAAGCAAAGAAAACAUCAGCAAGAAGAAUUACUCCUCAGAGGAUGACAGGAGCAGUUCGUGUUAUGUCAGUUAUUCUUCCUCAAGUGAGGAGGACUACUUAGACAUGCAGUGUGCACAUGUUCAUGACGAAUCGAAUGAGUAUCAUAACGCCAACUCGAAGAGUAUGCAUAAUUCCUACGAGAGAGGAAAAUACAGCAGCAACGAUAGCUCCCUUUAUGCCCCUUGGAAGGAAGAUGCUUAUCACAAGGGAAAGGAAAGUUCAGUCAUGCAGGCCACUGGCAACACCAGUGUCGGGAACGUAAUGAAGAAGGGAAACGGCUCCAAAAAAGCACACAGUAAAGAAAAGGCCAAAAGUGCAGAUAGAAAAAUAAAAUUCGAUGAUGAGCACAUAAUUACCAAUCGCAUGAGCAAGAAUAGAGGGGCACCCUCACAUUACAACAUAAGUGAUGGCAGUGAGUACCUACAGGCGGGCACCAUCCAGGACAGCUGUAACUUUGUGUAUAUGCAGCCACUGCCCGGAGGAGGGUAUGUGUUCUAUCACGCGCCCUGGAAUAGUCAUUACUAUGAUGUAUGGUGGGAUGGGUUUUGCGGGCCGAAUUGCGAUGAGCGCCGUUAUGGGCAGUGCGUCAUACACGAUGGUGGUGACUACGACAUUGACGAAGACAUUUGCUAUGACUUCCACGAAGACAUGCACGAGAAGAGACACAGGCGGGAAGGCAAAGAUCAGGAGGGCAGAGUUCAGACAGAAAAACGUCAGGACCGAACCGCGAGGAACACCAACCCAGCCCGAGUAAGCAACGAAGAGGUACACUCCCCGAGUAAUGGCCGUAUUGGAGGCCCCCCCGGCAGUGUGACCAACCAUAGUAAAACAAAUUCUAAGUACCCCCUUCCCGCGGGUAGAAAUGACGAAAACGCAUGGAAUGACCAAAAUGAUUCCAUUUGCAUAUUAAGGGGCAACGAAUUCAACACCUCCCAAAGCUCGGACAAUGAAAGUUUUAAGGACUACAAAAAUAUCGAUGAUGAACCUUGCCGUAGUGGUGACUGCGACUAUUACGGAGAGGUGAUUUCUUCGCCGAGUGCCAAUCGGGAGGAUGGACUGGAGAGUAAGAACAACACCUUUAAAGAGCCUGUAAAAUUCGGUACAGAAUUCAUAUGUAAUGGUCACAAGGAGGACGUAUCUCUCUUUGCUCAUAACAACUUCAGUUGCAACGAAGGAGAAUUGCUUGACCAGCCGGGGACCAAUUCGACCGAAAAUAGGUCUCCUUAUAGUGAAAAGGCCAUCACCACCGCCGCUACCGCCCCCGCCAUGGACCGUAAUUCUAGUGCAAAGGGCGUUCCGGGUGCAGCUGGUCCCAGACGCGGGAGAAAAGGUAAAGACACUGAAGGAGAGACUCAUCAACACAAUGGGAAAGGUGCUAAUAGGGAAGAAAGUGCUAGCAGCUCGUCUUGCCCUCCACCUUAUGCCAACCUACGUGAACGCGACAGCGCAUAUUCCAGUGACAACAAGAGCAGUAGUAAAGAAAGGGUAAAAGUGCAUUUCUGCAAAGAGGCCAAAAUGGAGACGAUGCAUAAGGCAGGAGUAGCUACCACAAGGAACUCACCAGGAAGGAGAAACAAAACGGAGGAAAGUAGCAACCCGUUGGGUGAAGCACCAAGAGACAGUAUCACCGCGAAGGAACAAACAGAACAUACUUCUACACAUCAGAGGAAGGUUCCCAGUUGUAACACUCCCCAAGAGGUAACGAAAAAAAAAGGUCAGGUGAAUUUUACACAGAGCGUAACAUUUCCCAUUCUUGAGGGAAACCCAAAUGGCAGUGAAAAACUCACACAGAAUGAUUCCCUCAGUUAUUAUGCCCCCUGUUGUGAUGCCCUCAGUUAUUAUGCCCCCUGUUAUGAUGCCCCCUGUUGUGAUGCCCUCAGUUAUUAUGCCCCCUGUUAUGAUCCCCUCAGUUAUUAUGCCCCCUGUUAUGAUGCCCUCAGUUAUGAUGCCCUCAGUUAUGCUGCACCCAGUUAUGCUGCACCCAGUUAUGAUACCCUCAGUUAUGCUGCACCCUGUUAUGAUGCCCCCUGUUAUGAUGCCCUCAGUUAUGCUGCACCCACUUAUGAUGGCAAUAUUUUCAUUUUAAAAAAUGGUGGCCAGUCAGAAAUGGCAACUCCCCACGGUGAAUACUGCAGCUGUGCGCGCACAUCCAGAAGGAAUCUCAACCAAGUUGGAGAAUCGGGUAAACCGAGCGAGCCGCUUCAUGCGCUUCAUCCGCUUCAUCCAUUUCAGUCCGUUCGCGUAGCAGAACAGGAGGCGAUAAAAAAGUGUUCUCCAGAGGAUGCACCCAAAGGGGAGAAUGAAGCAGGUUCUUCCUUGGAAAGAAUCCCCCAAAGGGAAACAGAACAUGGACAGGAGAAAAAACAGAAUAGUGAAAAUACAGCAGUGAUGAAUGGCAGCAUUUCAAAUUCUAUCCAAAGCAACGUUGAAGAGUGCCAGAAGAAGAAUCAGAAAAACGUGUUAAGUGAUGGGAACUUACUAAAGCUAAUAUUGCACUGCUCCAAAAAAAAGGACCCCAAGGCAGUCGGAAUGGAAGAUAAAAUAAUUGAAAAUUUUAUUAACACACAGAAAAAGGCCUUCGGUUUUUAUUUGCAAAAGAAUCUAACUAAUGUCUGUGCAAAGUGCAAAGUGGAGAUGCAGUUAUCAGGCUCAGUCUACCUUUGCUUCGAAUGUAUGAUCAAACAGAUGGACGGCAGGAAAGAAAAGAAGAAGAACCUGUGGGAACCACCAAAUGUUGGGAAUAGUGAGUUAAGAAAAAUUAAUUUCUGCAUUUCUAACUUCCUGAGCGAAGUGGAUCAAGUGGAAAACAAAUUUGACUUAACUGAUGAGGACAUUGUGCACAUGUUUCGCGAAAUUAGAAAGUGCAAUUUUUGGAAGUCAGAGAAAAACAUGUGCACGGUUUUUCGCAGCGUUUUUAAGACCCCUGGGCGAAAGGGCAGAGGUGACGGCAUAAGUGGCGACAUAAGUGGCGGCUUAAAUGGCCACAUAAAUGGCAGGAGUUGCGACGCCCAGCUUGACCUGCCCGAGGAAGAUCUGUUCAGAAAAAUCUUCAAAAACAAUUUUGAGAAAUUUAUCAGCCUUCAUAAAAGCGGCGAAUGGAUAAGCCAAAACAACGCAAAUGAUGACAAGGCCAUUUCUGUGGAAAGUGGCCCCAAAACAGAGGUGCAAAGAUUUUGCUACUUCGUGAAGGAAAGGAAGACGGAGAAGAAGUCGGGGGAGGGAAGGAAGAAGUCUCACUUGAUCCGUAAACCGGAGAAGGAACCAAACUUGUUUCGCGCCACAAAAUGGGACAAAGUGAUGAAGCGUAUUUUCAAAUUGGAGCGCCUCCGUGAGCCUUUGCGAAGCAUUCGUGCUUGCCAUUACUCUUGCUUCUGUGCGGGGACGAUGGGAUUGGAAACCAAGAUUGUGUGUCAGAGAAAGGGCAAGGACAGACCAACCGGCAUAGCACGAGGAAGUCCAAACACCGUGCCGCUUCCUACGCGGGGUGUCAAGGGCGAAGGAAUGAACGAAAACGAAGUAGAAGACGUAAAAAACAGUCCAAGGAGCAACCGCAGAAACAAAAGGAAGCUCGACGAUUCAGAAGUAUCAGUAUCAUCAGAAGAGGAAGAGCAAAUUCGCAUCACCGAUGUGAGCAGGGCGCCCUACGACGACCCCCUUGCGCGAAAGGCUGCCCAGCCCCGACAGACCGCCAACGGAGGACGAAAUGGGAAUGGAAAGAAUGACAAUCAGAGCAGUCAGGGAGAAGGAGAGGGAAGACGAUUUAACGAAAAUGACAGAAAUGCUAAUAGCCGGGAAGGUAAUGGGCAUACAGAUAGGCGGGGAUACGUACCGGCGAGGGGAAAUGGUGGAGAUGAUCGCACCGAUGAUGAAAGUGAUUACCGAGAUGAGGGCGAAGACGACGACGAGAGGGACGACGAGGAAGAGUAUGAGAAGGAGAAAGAUGAAGAGGAGGAAGAAAAGGAAGAAGCUGAAGAAGAGGAAAAAGAAGAACGAAUAAACAGCGAGAAAUCAAACAAACCAUCACUCAGCGAUGAAGGUCGCGGCAGGACCCGACGAAAAGAAGAGCCCAAACGUGAGGACGAAAGGGACUCCAGAGAGGUGUCCCCCAGGCGAAGAGAAAAACUGAUGAGCAGGCGAAGCAAGAGAAAGAAGAAAAACCGACUUGCGCGGAAACGAGACAACAAAAGUGACGAGUACGCAGAUGUGACGAAUGAAGAUAUUUUAGACAACUUUAUUAGGGAAAUUAUGAAGGCCAACCGUAGCCUCUAUAGUCAGAAGAAGUUAAACCAUUGGAUGAGAGAAAAUAAAUUGAAGUGUUAUUUCCACCUCCCCAGUAUAGUCACACAGAAAGUAAUUCCACCCCUGAUUGUACCAUUGAACAGGAAAUAUACGAACUUGUUUUCUGAGCUGAGAACUAAUGACUUCAUCAACAUAGAGAAUAUCGAUUAUUACAAAUUGUUCAUGAUGAAGAAGAGCAUCUCCGAGUUCCGCCGUGGCAACAGGUGCCUAACGAACGUGUCCAAGGGGGCGAACAGCGGCCCCCAAGUGCUUGCGCGGAGGAAGUUCUUCCACAGCGACCGCAGCAGCAGUAGUAGCAGCGACAGCGACGGUCCCAAUCGGGACGGUCGUGACAGUGGUGGCAACCGCGACCAGAUGGACCAACACGAUCAGCAGGACCAACAUGACCAACGCGAUGGAGUGAAUGCGAACGAGGGGGCUAACAGCAGCGGAAACAGACAAGCGACCAUUUACCACAAGAAGAACAACGAGAUGAUCGAGCUUUACAUCCCCAAUUUUUGGAGAAGCAUCAAAAGUAUAAACGAAGUAAAAUCCGUCACCACGGGAAAUUCGGACGAUUUCUACUUCAAAUUGUUAGUGCACCCAAGGGGAAAUUCAAACGAUGAUAACUACCUGUCGGUUUAUUUAGAAGUGUUAAAGCAGGAUUUUUAUCCAUCCGAGUGGGUAUUCCCGAAUGUGCGAUUUCAACUAACGGUGCAUAAUUUCAAAUCGAAAAAAAACUCCAUUUCAUCAUGGGCCUACUGGUCCUUUACCAACAAUUCGUUAUCGAGGGGAUGGCAGAAAAUGAUAAGUCAUUCAAAAAUAAAUAAGUCUAUGGGAUUUUUGGAUGAAACAGGUGGGCUGUUAAUAAAGGGCAAGGCGGAGAGAUCUUUCAAGGAGCUGUGGUCAAAGUGCGUUCAGCAUACCCCCAAGUAUAUUUGGAGUUACAUUCCGGAGAAAAUUUAUGAAAGCUUCGAGCAUAACGAUUUGCUGUUUCAGUUUCUGUUUCAGAAGGCCUACUUCAGGAAGUGCCAGUACGUGGGUGCGAAGGGCGCGCGUCACGGCCAUGAAAGCAGCAGCGGUGGUAGCAGCGCUGGCGAUGAGAAUGGCAGUAGGAGAGGCAGCGGCAGUAUGGGAUGCAACGAUAGUAUAGGAGGCAACGACAGUAUGGGAGACAACGACAGUAGCGGAAGGAAUAGCAGUAUCGGACGCAACCGCAGUAGCGAAAGGUAUGGCAGUAUCAGACGCAACCGCAGUAGCGAAAGGUAUGGCAGUAUCAGACGCAAUCGCAGUAGCGAAAGGUAUGGCAAUAUCAGACGCAACCGCAGUAGCGAAAGGUAUGGCAGUAUCAGACGCAAUCGCAGUAUCAGAUGCAACCGAAGUAUUCGGCGGAAUGGCAGUAACCGAGGCAGCCGCAGUAGCGAAGGCAACGGCAGGGAGGUCGUUAACUGGGCCCGGAGAACCAACAGCCGCGGGAAGGAAAUGCUCGGGCAGGCCAAGAACUACAUGCUGAACAGAUAUGCCAUUGACAUCUACAACUUCUCCCUUUUCUGGACCCCCCAGUUUGUAAAAAAUUACCUGAGCAGCUCGGAGAAUUCGCAUAAGUGGAGGAGGUCCUUUCAUGAGAGCGUGAAGAGGAUUAUUCGCAGCGCUGAGGGGGAGAGGCAGAUAAGUGGGGGUGGCGAUGGGGAUGGCACAGGUGAUGGUGAUCAUGAUGACCAAGGCGAUGGCCUUGCGACUGCACGACAAUCUCGAGCAGUUGAAGCGGAUAGACUGAAAGAACAAAAUAAAACCACACUGAGUCUUAUCAAGUCCGUGUACAGAAACAUGCACGUGUACGAAGGCCUCGUGGCGAAGAACAACCUGAAUGAGCUGAAGAACAUCACCACGGAGGAGGCAGAGAAGAAUGAUACAGCCAGGAAGGAGGACCUCUCCAUAGACAACAGGAAGUACAUACUAUCCCUAACCAACUACAUCGUCCCCGUGGUGGAGUCCUACAACGACAAUGACAAUCUUUCCAUCCUCGUGAAUUGCCUGUACAAUAUAGAGCUCUUCAAAAUUAUGGUCCUAAAGUAUAAGGCAAGUCUGUACAAUCGUAUUUUCUCCAAAUAUCUAAAAAAUCGAAGGAAGGAGAAAAAAUUUAAAUUAAAUUAUGUGAUGAAAAGGUAUGGAAUUCAGAAGGAUGACACCAAGAGGGAGAUCAUUCAGAAGAUAAAAGAUUUUAAUAGAGAAAAAAAAACUUAUCAUUUCAGUGAAUCAGAUUUGAGACACACAGUUUUGAGCAGUCUGGAGAUAAUCAAUGACAAGGUACAGGAUUUCCUCACCCUUAUAGAUGAAAAAAUUUAUUACCUUAAUAACGUAACCAGUCGAAAGAGAAGCAGUGCAUGUGAGGAUGAACAAGGGGAGACACACCCACAUGAUAAUCAGCUCAAUGACAUGGAAAGAAUUAACUACAUACUGACUCUACACGUGCCGAAGGAGCAGGACAAUAACAAAGUACAACAAGUUGUCAACGCGAAUAUUUACAUCAGCUAUAUCAACGGAAAGAUUAACUACGCGAACGAUUGCAUGUACAGCCAGGGAAUGGAAAAAUAUAACAUAAAUUACCUUUGCAAUGUGAACAAAGUGAAAAUGAGCAUACAGAACAUUAAUAGCAACAUUGAUGAAGUCAAUCGGAACAUUGGAGGCCUUUCGCACUACGCCCCUGAGGACGGCGUGUCCCUUCCCGGGGAGAGCGGCGGGGAAAGCGGAAUCGCCGGAGAAGGCGGAUGCAAAGGGAAAGGCGCAGUCGACGACAACAGAAUCAUUAUCGAGGCUGCCAGCGCCGCGGGUGCCGGUGCCCCCACUGCCGACGAUGCCAACCCACGACUCAAUGGAGCCGUCGAGGAAUUGAUUAGCACCUUUCACAUUGACCCCAAGGAGUGGCUCAACGAGGACGGGGAGGCAACCCAUCCGAAAGGAAGCCUCGCGAAAGAAAGCGACUCCAAGGAAAGCCACUCCAAAGGAACGAGUGCCCCAUCGGAUGACGACGCCAAUAAACGGGAACAUUAUCGCGUGAGAGACUAUAUCGACUUUUUAGAAAACGAUUUUAUCGACGACCCGAACGAACUGAAAAAUCUGUCCUACCGAUACACAACCGAUAUGAAAUCCUUUAACAUGUUUGAGUACUUUCGAAAAAACAACAAAAAUGUAAUCAUUGCUCUCCAGAGAAUUUUCAUCUGCAUGCAAAUGUACUCGCUAAUCCUGUGUGCCAAGAAGGGCAAGGAGGAUUUCCAGAAGGAUCAUUUUAACAAUUUUGAUAGGCUUUUCUAUAGAGAAAAGGGGAAUCUGGACUUUACGGGUGCUGGCGGUGAUAUGUGUGAGACCUGUAUGGAUAGCUCUGGUAGCGGUGCCCAUUCGAGCAGCACGACGACCACGACGAUGACGGCCACUCGAAACGGUAGGAAGAGAAAGCAUCGUAGAUGCCAGGAUGAGAAGAAUGAAGACCUCUCGGAAGGCAAGAAGAAAUAUUUCAGUAAAGAAAGUUCUGGGGCUGACAAAUCGGAGAAGGGUUCCAAUUCUUUUUCGCUGUCCAGCGUAAUGGAGGCGAAGGAUUCGCACCGAAAUGGGAAAGGCAGGCGAAGUGGUAGUGGCGGCAAAGCGGGGAUGGGGGUGGAAAUUGACGCAGGAAUGGGCAGAGGAAUGGACGAAGGAAUGGACGAGGGAAUGGACGAGGGAAUGGACGGAGUCGACGCAGAGUUUGCGCACCAUAGAGGCAGGAGCAGCCAAGAGGGGGGAACCGACAACCAGGAGGACAGUGGAGAAAAUCAAAUGAUAUGCAAAGAAAAGAAUGAAAACCCGGACAUGAACAAUUAUAAUAAUUGUAGAAGUAGCAGCAAUGACGAGUCUCAAGAGAAGGAUGCUAAAUAUUUUUCCCAUUUACCUCUACAUAAGAAAAAUUGCCUGUACUAUUACAAGAAUAGCCUCUUUUACAACACGCAGUACUCGGAGGAUGAGUGCAACUUGACUCUCUCUGCGACGGAUCACUCCAACAGAGGGAAAGCAAAUGGAAGCCGAAGAAGAAUGAAAAACACUGUACUUAAUGUAUACAACAAGAAUGAUAAUUAUUUGCAUUUAUUUAAGCCCCUCAUACCGAGCAUUAAAAUUUUACUCUUUAGUCUUAACAAGAUCCUCUUUAAUCAGUAUAGAUGCAAUGAACCCAUCACACGAAUCCAUGAGCUGCUCUUCAAACGCAUCGUGUGCGAUGUAGUGAAGGACAAGGUGAAGCUGAAUAGGAAGAUUAAGAAGCUCAGGAAGCGCCUCGCCGAGUGUAGCGACGGCGAUGUGGAGUCCGCUGACCAGGACAAGGUUAGUGCUAAUGCCGAUGGUAUCGCUGCUCGGGAUGGUAUCGCCAAUGCACGUGGUAGCGCCGCUCCGGAUGGUAACUCCAACGUGGAUAGUAUCCGCAGCGACAGAAGUAGAAGACGAAAACUGGAAAGGAGAGAAAACGAUUUGGUGGAAGAUUUGAAAGACCUUAGGAUAUUCGAAAAAAUGUGCUAUGAGCUUUUCAACUUGAAAAGCAAAACGGAGAGCGAUAACGAAAGCAGCGAUAACAGGGUGGACGGGAGUGACUACACUGAGAGAUCCAAUGUCCCGAGUGACAAUGAAGGAUACCCGAACUUUCAGAGGUACCCAUCGAAGCAGGGGAACGAGAUGGACGAGUGGGAGUACGAAGGCAAGAAGGAAACAAAACAGAUGAAGCAGUCGAAACAGCCCAAACAAUUGAAGCACCCAAAUCAGACGAAGCAGACGAAGCACCAGCAGGAGGAACGGAUUAAUAACCCCACGAUGUGCGAAAAAAGACAAACAGGCACAGAAGCCGGAACCAACAAUAGUAAGGAUAGAAAAGCUACUCAGAAAAAUUACGACGCGGGAAAAAAAAAAAACGAAACGAAUUACAAAGAUGAUAACGAUUCGUAUGACCAAAGCAACAACGGUAGCGACAAUUUCGAUGAAAACAACGAAGAAGACUUUUUCAACCAGGGGAAGAAUAAAGACUCGGAUAAUUACGACAGCAAAGCGUGCAAGAAUAAAAGCAUCAACUCGUUAAUAUACAAUAUGAUAAAUAAAAAAAAAAUAAACUUCUACAAAAAUUAUAUCAUUUGUGAGAAGGACAUUUAUAAGACGAUUGAGAAGUCGUCCUUCACGGAAAUUCCGUACGUCCUUUUCUUCUACAUGAAUUGCUUCAAAAAUUUAAGGAGGGGGGAGCUAAUCGACAUUCCGCUGUACUUGGACAUAUAUGAAGAUAUCGAGGAGGAUACAGACAGGAGGGGGUCGCACAAUGGAAAAGGAGAAAUGAAUGGCCCGCACCACCACCACAGCAGCAGCGGAAGUGGCAGUGGAAGUGUCAGCGGAAGUGGAAACAACCACUAUAAUAGGGAAGACAAAAGCAGCUCCUUCUUUGGAAUAAAAAAAAAUGUACAUGCGAAGAGAAAACAUGAUGACUACAAUGAGUAUAUAAUUACAUACCAUCUUUACGCUCUCAUCAUUUCAGAAAACAAAGAUGUGAGUAACAACAUGUGUGGGGUCCCCAGUUACAACAAACUGAGCGACAUUGAAUUGAACACAGCCAAUGACAUAAACAACACGUCUUACUCCUACCUCAUUCUGAGACCGUACAUUAAAGGACCCUGGUUUAAAAUCUACAAAAAUAGGAUAACGAAAUUGAGACAGACGUAUGAAUUUAACGAGUGGAAGUGUCACAAGGAUUUCUAUUGUUCCUGUUGCAUUUAUGUUAGCGAUAAUUAUUACGAUCUGAAUAACCAGCUUUGUCUCAAGCAGCUCAACAUCAAGAAUAUUAACUUUCCGCUGUAUAUCCACACUUUGCGCGAAUUCGAUAUAGAGGAGAAGGACAUCUUCGAAUUUAACAAGAGUGGCAAGGAGGAUUUGUACGCUCAUCGCAGUGUCGGGGAUGACGAAAGAAUGGAUGAUCAGCUGAUUUAUGAGUUGCGCAAGGGGGAUGUUUCGCCGCUGGGGGGGGUGGGGCACCCAGAAAAGCAGCCAAAAAACCAACCAGCGCAUCAACCAGCAGACGAACCAGCUAACCAGCCUGCUGAUCCAGUGCAGGAGUCGGAGAAGGCAGAUCCCCCCCCCGUUGACCACCUUGAUCUAAAAGAAGAACGCAAUGCAGAGGGGGAAGGUCCGACCCCCCCGGAAAAAACCACAGAAUCCUCAUGUGAAGUGGUACCCCCCGAGACGAACCACACGGAAAGAAUACACGCAAGUACGACGGAAUUAAAAAUAGAAAUAGUUUCGAAAGAAGGAUACGUUAAGAACCCAAAGGAUGGAACCCUGACCAAUAAGAGGAACGCCGAAAUGAUGAAAAUGCUUCUCGAUCAGGCAGACCACCCCAGAUUGAGCACCACCAUAGAGGGACACCCCUUUAUAACAAACGAGAGAGACCUCAUACUGAAUUCGCUAAAGGUUCACCAUAGAAUGAUGAUAAAUGUGAAGGACGAACUUUUCGAGGACGUAAUCAGAAUUGAGGACAAUGAGCAUACGGCGUACAACUACACCAUAAAUGGGAAGGCGAAAAUGUGCAUCGUCCUUAACAAGAACAGAAGCAGGUUGAGACACAACAGGCAUUUCUUCGACGUCAAGGGUAUAAUGAAAUGCUACGAGAAGUUCGACGAUAAUCAUAAUUUAAAUUUGUUUAGCAAUAACGUUGCUGAGAUGAACUUUGCGCAUAACUUGUCCAGAGGGUUCGUCAUUUCGAAUGGGUUUUUCACUUCGGACGGAGUGUACUGGGCGAGAAACGAGUUUGCGCUGGCGCAGAGCACGCUGAUGCAGAACGGACAGGCGCUAAACAAACAGUCGCGAACUCCACAGGUGCCAACCCCAGAGGGAGACCCCCACACCGGAGUGGAUAGACAACGUCAUGCCGCCAAGCACGUGACCAGAAGGACCAAAAUCAACGUGCUUAACGAUAUCCAGAAAUCCAGGGGCAAGUGCCACAUAAAGAAAGACUACCGAAAUAGCCACUUUGUGAAUUAUCAUGUAAACAACGGAAUGAUAAACGCAAACAACGUCAGCUAUAUUAAAUGCUUCAUGCAGUUACAAAAUCUUUUUAAGAACAUGAAUUUGAAUAAUAACGAUUUUGUUAAAAGUAGCCACAUGAAGUUCAGGAUAAACAGUCCCUUCAACAUCGAACUGAACAAUAUAUUUUACAAUUUCUACAAAGAGAAAGUUAACAUCAAUAAUGUUAAAAGGAGUUACCUAGAUAAUGAAGAGAAGUUAGAAUUACAUACCUAUUAUUUGAAAACCUGUCUCAACAUUUUUCAGUCUUUUUUUCAUGAGUACUUAUAUAUCAAUCUCACCAAUCAUGCGGAACUUAAAAAGAAAAGAAAAAAUGUCUACAAAAAUUUCUGCAUAGCUUUGUCCGAUAUCUUUUUCAACAACUUAAGUUUCAACACAGAUGAUGAGGAUGAAAAUUUUGAGCACUUACAAGGGGGCAUUGCUGUAUAUGAAUUUUAUGAGAGUCGAUUUAAGAAGUUAAAAAUGAUGUUGAAAAAAAUCUUCAUGUAUUUGAAUAUCAUCUGUAGAGUCAUUAAGUAUAUUCAGUUGAAGAAGGCUCUUUUUAAUGAGAACUUCGAUUUGCACACUUGUAAAAUGCACGAUGUGUUUUUUUUCAAUUAUCUGUACUUUUUUUACAAUAAGUACUCCAAGAAUUGCAGCAACAGGUAUAUAAAGAAGCUGUGUGUACGUUACGGCGUGAAGAAACGCGACAUUGUUACCAGUUUGCGGCGGAAGAUUAACACGGCUAAGGACGAGGACUUCUAUUUCCUCGAUGUGUACCAACGCCUUUUCGAGGGCGCCGUGCGCGGCAGCACGUUGGGCCCUCUCCCCAGGAAUGACGAGGACUGCUCAUUCGCUGCGGUGAGUGUGGAGAAUGCGGCGAGCCCAGUCAACCCCACUUGCGUGGCCAACGAUGCUACCCCUGUCAACAAGGUGAACAGGCUGAUGGCCUUCUGCAGGUGCAUGGCGGAGGAGCACAAGAAGGAAGCCUUCUUCGAGCCGACGAAGCACAAGGCCGACUGCGUCUUCCGCUAUCUCACCUCUACGCUCCACGAAGAUGUCCUGUUCCUGAAAAACAAAAAUAAGGAUUUUAACCAAAAGAUGAGCUACACUAAGAGCGAAACUUGGAUGAAGGAACGAAAAAUGCUCAUCCUGACACAGCGAGGAAGCGACAAUCAAGACAUAAAUGAGUUCCUAAAUGUGGGUCAUCCAAGGGACGAAAAAGAUUUGGAGUCAUUCUUCCUGCACCUAUUACAGAGGAAAAAAAAAACCUGCAUUCUAUGCUACUGCGUAAGACGUUACUAUUUGCGCUUUCUAAAAAGACUACAAAAAAGUUUAUCCUUCGAAGUGCUCGAUAAACAGAUCAAUUUCAUCUUUGACAAUAACUACCUCGAAAUCAUCAAGUUAUAUAACAGACAGAAAAACAGCUGCGAUGGGGCUGGAAACAGCGAAUGCGGUUACGACGGCGGUUAUGACGGGGGUUACCACUGCGGCUACCAUGGUGGUUAUCAGUGCGGUUACCAUUGCAGCGGCAGUCACGGCGGCCACCGCAACAGCAACAAUUUCCAUUCCAAUUGCAAAUGCUCCAGCAUAUUCAGCUACAUAAACAUAGACUCUAUAGAAGCCUGCAUCAUAUACCUCCUUCAAACCAUCUGGAAGUACUACCUCUGCGACAUCCUCACCAUCCCUAACGAAUUAGAACAAUUCUACGAUAACUUAGCAAAAAAACACAAGAGGAAAAAGUACAAAAACACCAAAGAUGAAAAAAGCUGGAAUUUUAUUAAAUACCUCAAGGAGGAAAAAACAAAUAACAUGAUAAACAAGUAUCUUUCCAACAAUGAGGAGAACAUGGAGGUGGUCUCCACUAAUGAGGACAGCAGUGAGGAGAAGUUUGUGCACAACAAUUUGCUUCUCUCUAACUUCCAGUUUAUCGACAUCAAUGCGAUUAAGAGGAGUAUCUCGGCGCCGUCGGGUGUUGGUGCGGAACAGAGGGGACACAUCAACCAGGUUAGCGGAACCAACCAGACAAGCAGCGACGAGCACACAAGCAGCGACAACUACGCCAACAGGAACCAGAAGAGCCACGCCCAAAAGAACAGCGAAACGCAGGUCGAAACGAACAAGACACAGAAGAACGAAAAAGUGGCGAGCGAUUUCUACACCAUCGACUUGAACAUCCUAAGGGAGGACGAGCUCAGCGCAUACACGCAGUUCCCUAAUGGCACGCUCACCCUUCUAAAGGUGCUGCAGGGGAAACUGGACAACAGGGAGCUGAAGAAAUUGCUGAAGCAGUUCAACCUUAGAGGAAUUCAAGUGAAGAAUGGGAUAAGGGAGCACGGAAGGAGCAUCAUUGUGACGAAUGAGAUCGGGCCGAUCACCUCCUGCGGCAGAGGGGCCACUCUCAGGGAGGCCGCUCACAGGGAGGCCGCUCACAGGGAGGAUGACACGGAGAUGAAGGAAAAGAACCCAGAGGAGAGGAAAGAGGAACGCGUCGAAUUGCCUACCCUGCGAGAAGGGGAAACGUGCGCGGAGAUUGACGAUGAGGCGAAGGGGAUAAGAUGCAAAGCAGAGGAGGAUAAGGGGGAUAAGGGGAAGGAAGUUAAGGGCAACAAGGCAAAGGUGAGCAAGUCGAAGGGAAGCAAAGAAGUCACUCUACCCAACGCGCUGGAGAGUAAUCUGGAGCAGGUCCUCACAGGAAGUAGCAGCGUCGACGAAAAUUUCAUUUCCAAUUUUUACGUAAACCUAAAGCUCCUGAAGGAUAAGUUGGACAAUAAUUACUCCGAGAAGAAUGGCAGCGGGAAGGACAAUGACACUAUUCAAGAAAAUGCGUUGACAAACGCCAUCCAUAAGGUCAGCGAAACGAUGAAGAAAUACAACAUAAAUAAUAUUAACGAGAUUAAAAGUGUACUAGUGAAAAACGGAUACGACAUACGAAAGUGCUACAACGGAAUUGACUUGAUCUUCCUCUUCCUCUCAAAAAUUAAGGGCGUCAAUGUGAGCUUCCUAAAUGGAAACAAUUUUAUUAACAACAAAAAUGUGUAUGAAAUUUUGCUGCAGAAUUUUAAGACCAUAAAUUAUGACAAUGUAGAGAAGGACUUUUACUCUCUAGAUUAUAUCCUUUCCAAUUUUGAAUACAUCGAUGAGACGUAUAUAUAUCAGAGGUACAGAUCCUUUUUUCAUUUUACGGACCUUCUCUUCACUGUACAGAACGUGGUAGACGACAACUCGCACAUAACACAGGAUCUGUUUACCCCCUUCUUUGAUGUUUUAAACAAUUUAUUCUGUUAUGGUAUCGGUUUGGUAGAUAAUUUUAGUGAAAAUUGUAAAGAGGUCAUUAAAAUUAAUAGUCUAGAAUAUUUCUUGGAACAUCUGCACAAAUGUAUUGGCUCCCUCUACAUCAUUGACAAGAACUUCGAGUGUAGGAAGGAGUUCUUUCGUUUCAUUCAGUACAAUAGCUUCUUUUGGCAUCUCCUCUACAAGCAAUACAACCUUUUUUUAACUUACUAUGAUAUGAAGAACCACUGCAACAUUUUCAAUGUCUUUUUAUUUCACUUUCUCAAUUACGCCUUUGAAUUUCCCUUGGACAAUUUCUUCAAAAUUGAUAAUAAACUAAGUGAGGAGAAGAACGCUAUGGUUGAUCGUCUCUUUGACAAGUUCCCGUUUUUAAAAGCAGAGGAGAGGUUCCUGUUUUGCCUCAUUUUCCGCUUUCUCCUGCAGGAGAAGAAUCAUUUCUACACCUACUACUACAGCACCGAGUUAUCUCUUUUCAUCUUCAACGCGAUCAUAUCUUUGAAUAAUUUCAGCCGCAACUUGGAGCAGCCUUAUAUCUUUUCCAAGGGGUUCACGCCCCUAAACGGGUUGAAUGUGCUCGACUCACCACUCCUGUCGCUGCACCAGAGAGAAGAAGUAACCAAGCGGAAAAAACACUUCCAGAAUUUCCAUCUGAACAAGGAAAACCUAAUCCGGUUUAUUGAUAGAAAGGAGAAGGAACUCCUAACCCUGGGAUCAAUAAUAAACCUGGAAAUUACCAACAAAGCCAUUUACUUUAACAACACCAUCAAUAUGUUGAAUUUUAUUAUCAAGGAUUACAGAAGGAAUAAGUUCGUGAAUUAUGUCAAUUCGGAUGUGAAUAACAGUCUGUUUUACCUCGCCUACAACUAUCCCAUCAUUAAUAUCAAUCCCAAGCAGCAGGAUCUGCUGACUCUCUACCUCAGCAGCAUAUACACACACAAUGAGAACUUUCGAAAUAUUAAUAAUUUGGUUUAUAUUUACAGCAAUUCCUUUUACAAUUUUCACAACUUAUUUAUGUUUCUGAACAACAAUAACGACCUUUUCCUUUCUCUCUUCAAGCUCCGAUUCCCUGGGAAACGGUCCCCGGAGAUGCGCAACUUUUUCUACGACACGGGGGAGGAGAAGGGAAGCCAAGUCGAUCUCCCUGUGACAGAGCGGUUAGACAAAGGGUGUGCUACCCGGUCUACCCGCUCGACUGACCGCUUUACCCCCCGAACGUUCGGCAACUACGACGUGGCCAUACACAACUGCGUGAGCGAAGUGUUCUACCUCUACGACGGCAUCGUGUACGACGUGAACGAGACGGUGAACAUUGAUUACUACUUCCAAGGGGGGGAAGCCUACCUGAAUUUUGUGCGUAACAGAAAUAUGGAUUACUACGAGGAGAGGGAAAAUAUCUUCUAUGAACAGAAUGCAAGGGAGCGUAACGCAGCGGAUGAAGACGUGGAAAGGCGCAUCGAAGAGGUUCUGCGCAGAGAGCUCGUCACAAUAGAGAAUAUGCCGAACGGAACAAACGGCGACGCGAUCAACAUGACUAAGGACAACUCCAAUGUGAUGAAGAACAAAAAUACAAACAAGAGGAAAAAAAACGAAAAAAAUGAAAAUUUCCUUCACGAACCAGAGUUAGAAAGAGACAUAAUGAAUAUCAGGUUCACGAAAAAAGAGUUCCUUGGAAAAAAUCUACCCUCCUUUUUCUAUUUCAGAUCACUCAUGUACAAUCAUAAAAGUGUCACCAAUAGUAAGUCUGACUUGACACAUGGAAAUUGUUCCUCCUCCAAUGCGACUAAGAAAUUUUUCUAUAUCUCUCUCCUAUUCAAUAUUGACUUUUAUAACAUCCGAGGAAUGCACAUUGAAAAUAAGUUGGUGUCCGAUCGAACUUUACUCAUUAAUAGAAUUUUGAAAGACAACAAGGGAAGGUUGCUAAACGUAAAAGUCUUCCACCUGUAUAAUAUUUUCUCCAAAAUUAUUGAGCUUCACUAUGAGGGGAAGAACAACACUAGUAGAAGGAGCAAUAGCAUCAGCAGCAACAACAGAGGCAUCAACAAUAACAGCAGCAACCAUAGCUGCAGCAACAAUAUCAGCGGUAACAAUGCUGAGGACAGGUUUAUUAACGGACUGGAUUAUAAAACGGACGAGGAUUUUUACUACAAAGUGAAAAUGAAUCCGUCGUACUUCUUCCUUCUGUAUGCUAUUAAGAACGAUUACGACAAAAAGAGCAAAAACAAGCUCAUUUUUAUGAACGUCAAUUCCGAUGUGGAAUGCUAUGUUGAGGACAAGAAGGAUGGUACGCACAAGUUCGAUUUGAACAUCCUGUUGAUCCCCAUUUCUUCUCACAUUGUUCUGAGCAAGUACAACGGCAAUAUCAACCUUUUCAACGACAACGACUACCCGCUCAUCACGUUUAAGUUCCUCACCUCCACGUAUGACUUGGUCUGCAUAGGCAUGAUCAUCUGUUACUCGAAGCUCCUCCUCCAGGACUACAUCCUAAACUGGUUUGUCCCAAAAAUCAAGGAGCGAAAACUAAUCAAAGAGGAUCUAGAAAUAAAGUUGGAGGAAAUCAACGUGUAUGAAGAAUCCGAACUGUACUGCCUAGAAAAAAUUAGGAAGUUUUCCUGCAGCAUUAAGAAGCUUCUGAAAAAGUAUAACAACACCAUAGUGAUUCAAUUGAAGAGAAAUCACGACAUGAACAAGGUUCACAUAAAAUGCAUAGAGAAUUCUAAGCUGACCAAAACGAACUUCUGCUCCAACUGCAAGAGCAUCUAUGUCUGUUUGUGCCAGAAGAUUAAAAAGGAAGAGCUGAGAAAAAAAAUGAAUUACAUUAAGGGGCAAGAGAAGAUGAUCAAGGCGAUUAGAAACAACUGCGAAGAAAUUAACCCCGAACAUCUCAUUGGGGAGGAAAUCAAUAGGAAGAGGAGUCAAACUUCGCACGCACGCAGUGGUGACAACACAGGGAAGGCGGGAUCAGGGACUGGUGCGGCAACGACGAGCGUGCCCGAUGAGCUUCCAUGGGAUGACGACUUCAUGCAGACGUUGUACCAAAAUGAAGAACUCAUGGACGAAAUGAACGUCCUGGAAAAUUCCUAUCGCUCAACCAACAGCUCAGUCCUCUCCGUGUCCAGUGACAAUAUUUCCAACUUCUCCGGAGACGACAACUGUAUUUUGGACGAAAUGGAGAACACCACCAUUAUAUUUAAUAACGCCCUGUACGAGGAUGAGGACCUUUUGCGAACUGAAAAAAAAACACAGGAAAGGAGUGGCCCAGGAGGAGCUGCAGGAGGAGACCUCUCAUAUGUAAAUCCCGUGGAGGGCACCCGAGGAAGAAGAGAUCUCACAACUUGCAGUUUUGGAUGCGCCGGUAUCUGCGGCGGGGUGUGCAAUGGUGUGUGCAGCGGUGCGUGUGGCGGUGUCUGUGACAGUGGGUACAACGCACUGUGCAACGGGGUCUGCGAAGGCACUUGUGUUGGCGCUUGCGGACCCACAUGUAGCUGCGCCUGUGGCACCAACGCAGCGAAUAAUAACGCCAUCGAACUCAACCUUCGAAAGAACAACGGAAAAAAUGACAUCGAGGAAAUCCUCCUACUCGAGUUCGAGAAAUUGAGCACAGAACAUAUAAUGAACGUGUACACAAUACAGAAGAGAUUCGAAAAAUAUACAGAGGGUGUUUACAGCAAAAUGAUGAAUGAACUGGCAAAGAAAAGGGAAGCCACUAAAAAAGUCAAGGGGGAAGAAGAUCAUCACAGCAAGGACAUAUCCAAAGGGCGUGGACGAAGCACUACCAACGCGGCCAGCGAAAGCAAGGAACAAAGUAAAACAUUAGAGAGUCAGACGAAGAAAAAUUUGCAGUCAGACACUACUGUUGUGCUUACACAGGGUCAGCCGGAUAAAGCGGCACAGACAUCCAAACUUGACACGAACGACGUGAAGACAUCAGCCGAGCCGUUGCUAAAGAAGGGAGAAAAAAGUAAAGCCCAGGAGGACGCCACUUCGCUUCAACCCCUUCGCAACAAUAAACGGGGUGCUAAGACCACCAAGGCUGAAAAGGGUACUCAUCCCGAUAAAGAAAAAACUGUGAGUAGUCACAACGCCGGGGUUAAGGACAAACGGGUCGUGGAGGACAAUACUGCUCCAAAUGGCCUCGCGCAGGUAGACAGUUCGAUCACCAAGGAGGAGGAAGCGUGCCAGGGAAGCACGAAAGAGGGCGCAGAGGAAGGGGAGCUGCAGAAGGAAAGGGAUAACAGAAGGGGCGACCUGCCGAAGGCGGGUCCGGCCGAUGAACAGGGCGCGAAGAAAGUGGAAGCCGUUGGUAAGAAGAGAAGCGGUGAAGUCAAAAGUGGUGACGUCAAAACAGGCGAAAGCAAGGGUGGAAAGAAGAAAGUGGGCCAGGUAAUCAGCGCUGUGAAGGGCGCAGAGAGCUCUGCCAAGAAGGAAGGUGCCGUCACGCAAAAGGGCGCUAGCGACUGCGCGAAGGAUGGAGGUGCCCCCGUCGAGAGCGAAUUGGAGGAGGAGACGGACAAGCCCAGCGAGAAGAGUAAAAACGCCAGCGGAAAGAAGAGCCAGCCGGCCAAGGAGAAGAAACAGAAGGGAGGCGGUAGCCCGGCGGACGAUGAGGAAAAGGGGGAAGGCGGCGACAAAAGGAAGGGAAGCAAGGAGGGAGAAACGAAGAAGGGAGAAUUGAACAAAGGGGCGGCCAAGAAGGUCGAAGCGAAGGGGGAAGCCAAAGUGGAAUCCAAAGUGGACGCGAAGAAGGCGGGCGCCAAAACGAUUGAAGGCGCCGCGAGGGAAGACAAAAAAGCGGAGCCCCAAAUUGGCGAGGAUCAGAACGUGGAAGACCCCAUCUACAACUACUUCUGCAAAAACAUCUCGGAGCAGAUCGAAAAAAUGGAUAAAGUGGAGACGGUCGCGGCGUACCUUUACAACGAGCUGGUAGAGAUAACGAAGAAGAAGCUGAAGAAAAACGUAAUACGCGUGGAUAACCUUUCGGCAGAAGGCUAUCUGGGUGUAGGGGAGGAAUUCCUUAGCGCGAUGAAUGAGUUGGUUCUCAAAUUAAAUAGUAAGUUUGGAUCAGAGGAAGGUGCGAAGAGGACCCUUUCAAGUGGCGCCCCAAGCGUAAGCACCAUCUCCAGUGGAAUGAAAGGCAUCAAAGGGGGAGAAAUAACCAACACGGCAGUAGUAGCAACCACGGCGGCAAGACACACCGAAAGUGACCAUCCCGGAAAGGGGACUAUCAAAGAGGUGAGCACACAAGAAGAGAAGGAAAAAAGAGAAGAAAACAAGUACAAUCUAUACGACAAUGAAAACAUUAUGAAAUUAUUAAACAUGUUGAAGAGAAAAUUGAUUUCAAAGAUUCUUCUGCCAGAUAGCCCAAGUGAUAAAAGCAAAGCGAGAAAUAAAAAAGUUGUAAAAAAAAAAAAACAAGUUGAUAUUAAAUACAUCUGUGAGAUUUUAAGAAGGGAAUACAUUUUCCAUGAUAAACUUUUAAUCUUGAUUCAACACAUUUUGGACAUUAACAUUCGGACGAAUAUCUUCCUAUUUGUGUACCUCUUUGCUGGCAAUUAUUUCUCUCUCCUAGAUUUGGAUUUCCUGCUGAAUAACAUCACUUAUUUGAAUGAUUACGUGUAUUAUAAUCAGGUCAAAGUGGAGGAGUCGCUUUUCUUGGGAGUCGAUGGCUGCUCAUCCGGAAGCGCAGCAGCGAUGGAAGCGGCGGGAAAGACGACCAUCGAAAUGAAGAAGACACAAAACCAGGACCAACAAGCAGCCAAGCAGGAAAAAAUGACCACCGUUCGAAGCCCACACGGGAAUGCCAAGAGUGAAGCAACCAUAGAAAAAACAAUAACCAGUAGCAACCAAAGUGGAAAAAAAAAGAAGAAGAAAAAAAGCACACGAAAUGGGGUCGUGAUUGACGAUGUCGAGGGAGAAGAUGAAGACGAGGAGGAAGAGGAUGAUGAAGAGGAAGAAGAUGACCUGGAUGACGAUGAAGAAGGGGAAAAAAAAAUAAAUAAAAUAAAAAAUACACAAGAUGAGGCCCCAGAAGAGGAUGUACUAAUCAAUAUAAACAUCAGCAAAAUUAUUUAUGUGCUUAUUCUCAUCAGUAACAAAAAGAUCUUGGCUCAUCUGGUUGAGGAGAAGCCCCCUAGGCCACUCAGUCCCAAUUACUUUCUCGAACUGAAUAAGAAGUACUACCAAUUGGUGAACACUGAGUAUUUUCAAAUAAUGAAAGACAGCUGCGCAAAGGACUGGAUGGAGAACUUGGACAAGGACGUGGCUUUCUUCGAGAGUCUCAACCUUGACGAGAUUGUAAAUGGUGCGAUUAAUUGCGCUGAUGCCAAUGUUGCCACGUGGGAGGGCUUCCAACCGUGGGGCAAUGACAAGUUCGGCAGUGAGGCGGACGACGCCAUUCACACCAAGGCCCAGAAGCAGCACCAAGACAGGAAGAAGCACGAUUUGGGAGACGGCAAAAGAGGAGACCCCCUAACCCUAACAGACAGCGACCUAGCCGUCAUGAACGAAAAUGACCCCAUGCAUGAAACGGCCCUGCAGAGGUACAUCCACUUGCACAACUUCAUCAAAUUUAAGUUGAACUUUAACAUUGCCGUGAGGAAAAUUAACUUCAUGAAGGAGAAGGAUUAUUCCACCUCUUCCUUCUAUACCCUGGUAUUUAAAUACAAUAGCGAUUUGAUAAGAGGCCUGCAUAAUCGGCUCUCCCACCAGGCGACAAAGACGCGUUCGCAGCCGCAUCGAACAGGCAGCGGGGAAUGUAAAACAAAGGAUCAGUUGCCCGCAGCCGCUUCUCUCCUCAGCAGUAGUAGCAAGGACCUCCAGGUUAGCGUUAAAGACAUUGGAAAGAUGAAAGAAAUAUAUGACAAAUUCGUCUCAAGGAAUACGAAGCCAAAUCUAAUAAAGGACCUCUACAGUAGGAACGUCCAAAUUAACCAAUUACUGAUGAACACAUUCCUGGACAAGGGAAGCUGCCUGAAUCAGCCUCCGAGCGGCACCACGAAAGGUGUGCCUAGCAGCUCGAAAAAAGGACAACACCUCGGCAAAGCAGAUGCACUAACAAGCGCGAAGGAGAUGAAGAUAAAUCUUUCCAAGGCGGGACCCAUUAAUGACGACUGGCAGAGUGAGAUUCAAAUGGGGACAGGAAACAGUGCGUACGAUAAGAGUGCAUCAAUAACAGGCGGACGAACGAUGCUGAAGAACAAUUACGCCGCGUUGUAUGAUCAGACGCCCACCAACAAGAACAGCGGCAGUUUGAAGAUCUUCGGUGCACAUGGCCAAGUUUCCGACGAAGUUGCAGUGACUAGUAGUGCCAACAGCAAGGGAAAGAAAGGAGCCUUAUUGGAGGGAGGAAAGAACGUCGCCAUUAGCGCGAAUGAAGUUGAUUCUCCGUCGGAGGACUCCAAGGGUGUAAAAGCCGCGCCCACGUCCGUUCCCACGUCGCCAACAGGUGGGUUACCAGCAAACGAAGGAACAAUAAGCGCGAUGAGCGGCAUCAGUAGUAGCAUGAACGCGAUCACGGGCGCCUACAAUGUACUGAGCGGAACGGGUAGCAGCAGCGCCCUGCACCCGAACAGUACCACCACGGCCCCACACACCAAGUUUGUCAAGAAAAGCAAAUUUAAGAGAAUAUACAAUAAAGACAUCCCAUACAUAUGCAACGAAGGAAAAACAUGGAUGGUUAUUUAUAAGCCAGCUUACUAUCACUGCUCCGCCUACACCUCUCACAACAGAUACAAUUUCUUAGUCAACAUCAACAAGUAUAGUGAUUACUUCUACAACAUUCUAGAAAAAAUAUGCAUCAAAUGUAAAAUGAAAACGAAAUUUAUGUGCCCCCCAUGUAAAGAAAUGGAGAACAUCUGCAACAAGUGUGAAACGAUUGUGGCUAGAUUCUGCAAGAAAUGCAAUUUGUUAAUAAAAAAGAACCGAGAUGUUUUAAAAAUCAUUAAUAGUAUAUCUUUGAAUGAUGUCAUAUAUAGUGGACGAGUGGAGUCCUUUCACCUUUACAUGAUGAAAUCCUUUCCUGAGUUGGAGACUGUUAAAAAAUGGCACAAGUUAGAGUGUGGGCUGUGUCAUCGUAUCGAUUUAGAAACGUCAGGUAGUUUGAUCAUUGCUAAAACGAAAGAUGCUCGUGAUUUCCUCUUUGACCAAUUUCGAAAAAGAAAUGUAUACAAAGAAUACCUACUCCUGUGUCAUGGAAGGAUUAAGAAGAAGAAAGGAUGUAUUAAUAAAUCCAUACAGACUCACGAGUAUAAUAACUUUCAUAGCAAGAGUCACUUCAGUCUGGUGGUCAAGACGGGUGGUACUGAUGCCUACACAGAGUACAACUGCGUAAAGGUUUACCGACUUAAACGACAAAUCGAGGAUAUCGUGCAGGAUAUCAUGGCUGGCAGAUACAACUGCAACAGUAGGGUUAAGAAGGACAUUAACAAAGAAAUCUAUUGCAAUGAUUAUUACAAAUUUUUGGAUGACGAGAAGAGGAACUUUGCGAGUAUUAUUCAGCGCUUCUUCGUUCAACAGAUCAGACCGUCGUCUCAUGGGGACAUGCUGGACAGCACCGAUUUGAUGGCCAACGGGAAUGGCAACUAUGCCUUUGGGAACCCCAUGUACGACGCGCCCAUACUGGAAGGCAACAACAACGAUUCAUUCUUACAGCGAAGCAGCUGCAGAGUCGUCCUAAAUUACCACUCCGACUCGCAGCUCCAGGAGCCUACAAAAGGGGGGCGAAAGAAGAAGGCAACGAGGAGGGGUAACAAAAAGGGAGAAGCUAAAAAGGAUUCCGCGGAGGGUUUCCAAAGGGAAGACCAGAGAGCAGAAGAAGCAACCGCAGCCGAAGAAGCAGCCAGCGCAGCGGGGGUCACCUCGGAAGACGAACCGGACAACACGCUGUCCAAGCGGGAGGCACUACUCAAAAAGCUGAACAUGUCCAAGGCGAACAAAAAGAGUAAUAAGUAUGAUAACCGCUUCGGCUACCCAGCCAUCAAAAGGAAUGUGUGCCAUCACCUCUGCUUCAGAUGCAAUGCCAUCUCGGAAGAAUAUUUCCAGACGGAUCCAAAAGAAGUGGAAAAUUACACCAAAGAAUUCACCCUCUGUAAUGUCAAGAUACACACAGGUAGAACCCACCAAAUACGAGUUCAUAUGAGACACAUAGGACAUCCACUAGUCUCAGACAAGAAGUACCUGAACCCGUCGCUCAGCACUCUAGACAAAUACUGGUGCUUUAGAAUGUUCCUCCACUCCGUCAUCCUCGAGUUUAACAAUCCAGACUACUACUUUUACAAUGUAAAUGAAGAUUUGACGAAAAAGAAAAAAACGUAUGGAAGUGGAAUUGGAACUGGCAGCGUCACCUCCUCCAUCAGCGGUGGAGUCUACAAAAUUCCAGACAGAACCGUCAAGGCGAUAUGUCCCCUCGCCAGCGACUUGCAGACUGUGUUGGAUAACGAGCUCGAAGUCGCGGAGAGCUUGGAAGACGAAAAUAGCUACGUCAACCGUAUCCUCAAAAUGAACAUUAAUGAUAAACGAAAUGAAGCCAUGAAGAUCUCCAGACAGAAGGCAACCACAGAGGAGUCGACCCAAGUGGACGCCGAUCGUGGCUUCGAGACGAAGCUGUCGCCUACACGUGGGGUUAGCGCGCCAACGGGAAAGAUGACUGAGCAGCCCGCCGCGAAGGAUGCAGGGGAUGAGACAUACCACGAGGGAGACGACCGAUGUGAGUAUGACGAUUAUGAGGAACUCGAUGAGUUCGGCGAGUUCGAUGAGGAGGAUGAUGAGCAGGAUGAUGACGAUGAUCUGCAGGAGGAAGAUGACGAUGAGGAGAAUUCGAAUGAGGAGCACAUUCAGGCGGUUGCGCCAGAGGACGAUGACGAAGGGGAGGAUCAAGUGGAAGAGGACGAUGGGGAGGAGGAAAACGAUGAGGAGAAAGACGAAGAAGAUGAAGAUGACGAGGUGGAGGAGGAUUAUGAGCAGGAAGAGGAUUACGACCAGGAGGCGGACGAUGAGGAAGCGGAAAACGUUGCCCUCUACGCGCGAAGAGACCACGCGGAUAGUGUGCACGAUGGGCACGAUAUGGACGAUGUGCAGGUUACGAACGAUACGCCUGCUUCCAAAGAUGCGCAGGAGCAUGCAAAAGGGUUAGUCAACCGAGGAGGCGAGGAAAAGCCGUCGCUAAAGAAGAAAGGACCCAAAAGAGGACAAAGUGAGCCGCUCCUACCACAGCUGCUGCAGCAGAAGGAGGAGGAGAAUGAAAAGGAAGACCACUCCCCCCUUGGGGGUAGCAAAAAGGCGUCCGGAAAAACCAAGGUGCUUAAGGAGAAGAAAAAAUCAAGCACAGCAAGAGGGUCGAGUGUAGACGUCGCGUCAUAUUUCGAAUCAGACAAGGAAUGGUCUGGCGAAGAAGAGGAGGAAUACGACGAGGAGGAACAACCAGUCAGCGACGCAUCACUGAUCUGCACAAACAAAAAAACGAUCUUCAAAUUGCACCAUAAAGAUAUUUUCUGCAUGAAGAAGAACUCGCCAAAGGGAGAAACGAACGAAGAAGAAACAACACCGCACCGAAAUGGUAGUGAUAUGCACCCAUUCACAGUGACAGAGGAGGAGAAGAAGAAGGAGAAACUCAACAAUGACUUUGGCCAAAUAAUGGAAGACGAAAUUAACAGCAAGCUAAGAACAGACUUUAUCUUCCUUCUCAACGAAGCUAAAAUAGUUAUUGAUAAUAUCAUAAGAAACAGCUUUAUUUAUAAGACAUAUUUUUAUUUUUCCAAGCUGAGGAAGACUCUCUUUUAUAUUUUAGGUGCCUUUGGCAAGGAUGCUUUCAGGAAGAAGAAGAGUUAUGUCGAAAUGAAUUUAACGGAAGAGAUGUUUAAGGAGGUGGGAAAGCAAGUCGAGAGGAGAGUACCAGUGGAGUUCCUGCACGAGUUGAUUUUGUGUCUGUCCUACAUGUUUAAAAACAAUCUGCAUGUGAAGAAGCGGAAGGACGAUAUCGUUGUGUAUGCCCUGAGGCGCCACUUGAAGUUUCCACAGUCGGGACAGCUGGAAAAAUUGGAAAGGGGCGAUACGACAAACACUGCCCCUGUGAAAAGCGCCCAUACGAAGACUUCCCACCUGUAUGACGAAGCCGAACGAACGAGCGAAACAAAAAGCAUCGUGAUGACCCACUUCCACAAUAUCCUGUACAACCUAAACUAUGCACUAAUGCAAAAAGGAAUCAACACGUACCAAAAACUCAAGAGCCAAAUUGUGGGCAGCACAAAAAGCGUUUAUUUAAAAAUCACAUGCAUUUUCACCAUGAUCAUGAAGAAGCUGAACGCGCAGGUGUAUCUCCGAGAAGACUUCCACACUAUGAACUUCAUAAAGAAUAAAAAUAUGUUUCGACUAAACAGCGUUGAGCAGUUUUUCGUUUUAUAUAAAUUUUACGCGGAGAAAAAGGAAAUAACGGAACGUAAACUAGGAAGCAUCAGUAGCAUCACUAGCAGCAAGCGGGGGAAGGUCGACAAUAUCAAGGUGAGGAACAGGGCCGCGGAAAAUCAUCUCAUGGAGAAAAUAAAAAAGAUAUUCUUUAAGGUCCACAAGGAGAAGGGGAAGGCUAGCGGCACUGACGACGUUCAGAAGAUGCAGUAUGGGCAAGCCAAGCAGGCAAAGCAACUGGAGCACCAACAGCAGCCGCAGGAUCAAUGGCCCCAUGACGCCGCGUACUACCUCAACAGGGACGAGCUACCCUCUCUGCACACGGACGGCUACGACCAAAUUAGCAGAAACGAAGAGACAACUCAGAAAAAUCAAGACAUGGAUAGGAGUAGCUCCCAUAGUACCGGCGGAUGUAGCAGGAAAAAGAGCUUCGGCAUAAUCCAGGACAACGUCCACAUGGACCUGGGCGCCGACCUCAGGAAGCAGCACUUCCUCCAGGAGCAGAAGGGGAACCUCUUUAUGGGCAGCUUCAAGCCGUUUGACAACUUCGGUCCCUUCGACACCCUGGCCCAUAUGCAAAAUAUGGAAGGAAAGACAAACCUGGAAAGCGUGGAAAGUUUUCACCAUUUGUCGAACAUACAGGGAGCUCAUAAUGUAGGCAGCUUGGAUAACCUUCCCAACCAUCAGAGGUUCCAAGACACAAUUAGCGAACAUUUGGCAAAGUGGGAUUGCAUUUUGCGCAUGGAGGAAGAGCGGCGCGGAAGAAACGACGGCAUUUCUUCCUUCGACGAGGAAAGCAAACUGGCAAACGGACUUUUAGAAAAAGGCAACUACAACAGAUUGGCUAGCAGGACUGGUCACCUCCCCUUGGAGCCGCACAGCAACACCCAGCACGGGCAGCAGACCCAACAUAGCCCGCCUAAUCAACACAGUGCCUACCUGCUCAGUGCAAGCGACUCGCUGAAGAAAAAAUUCGAAGUGAUGAAAAGUCUGGACGAAGAAGUCGCUCGGGAAGCGCAACAGAUGAUGCUCAUGGGAAAGGAGAGCGGCCUGAGCCCGGGACUACACACCGGCGGUAGCAACAGUGGCAACAGAAACGGUAACAUUAGUAACAGCAUGAAUGGCAUGACUAGCAUGAACAGCAUGAGCAAAAUGGACGCCAGCGGCCAGUAUGAGCUGCCACCGAACAGCCAUCUGCCAGCAUUCUGCAGCAACAUGCCUCUGAGCGGCCUAGUAAACAAGGGUUACCAGCACCAGCGAGGAGCCAUCCCAUUUCUGGAGGCGGCAGAUGAGGACAAGAGUCAAAGAGAAGCCAAAACGGCGUUCUUUAGCUUUGGCGAAAGUAGGAACAUGUUUAGCCGUGCAGGCAGCAAUAAUGAAGGGUCGUAUGUGGGACGUGGAGGCUACACCAAGGGAGACGUAGGAGGAGUAGAACGCGUAGAAGGCAUGGGGGGCAUGGGAGGCAUAGAAGGCGUAGGUAGAAUUGGCCGUGACCUGGUGCUCAGCGGGGAGGAAGGGAAGUAUAGCAUCAAGGAAAGCGGUGCCGGGGGGUACGAAAUGGAGCUAAUGCGCAGAGCAGACCGCUUAGAUGGUGUGGACGGCCUGGACCGUCUUAACCGCCUGGACCGCCUUGAUCGCCUUGACCACCUGGCCCGACUUAACCCCCUUAACCGCGUGGAGGAGGAGCCCGAGGAGGACGAAGAAAACGGGUACAACAACUUCAUCAAGGAAAUCGAAAGGAUAAAAAUGGAAACAAACAAAUGCCAAGAGAACUACGAAAAGGAAAUGAUGGAAAUAAAAAAAAAAAAAAAAGAAAUUAACUACAUAAAGGAAACCAAAAGAGAUGAAGAAAUUAAUCACAAGUUUGCAGACGCUACUCUGACCAACUUUACCCUCCUCUUACUGAACGCAUUUCAGCUAUAUGGACUAAGCAUGGUAAUCAAAUUGCUCAUAUACGAAAAUGAUAUGAUUCUCCCUCAGUUCAAAGAAAACAUCAAACAAGAUGACACCACAACAAACAUUGAAUUCUUCAUUAACAUCUCUAUUGACAAGAUUUUUGAAUACCUAUUGUUGAAAAAUAUUUUGAGCAAUGCGAACAUAAAGCGGUUAAAGGAAAAAUUCAUUCAGGGACAGACUGCAUUUGAGGCCAUUCGAAAUGAUGCCAACAAUCUGAUCAAGGAGAAUAUAAAGGAGCACAACUUUGUCUACAUUUUGUAUAAAGAGAGAUCUCGUAUUUUCGAUGUGUACGAAAGGAAGAAAACGAUAUACAAUUUUCUCAUCAUCCUCAUCGAUAAGGUUCUUCAGAAAUACCUCAUCAAUGAAUACGUCAUGAUUAGGCGCAAUGAAAUUUAUGAGAAAAUGCUUAGAGUGCUCAAUCGAAGCAGGGAGAUUGUCAACAAUAAGGAGAGGCACCAACCCUCCUCUCUACGCUUUGGGGACAAUGCGGGAAACGGCGGAAUGCCUGAUUACGGCUUCGUUGGUGCGCAGCAGUUCCGCCUCGAAAAGGGCGCAAUGGCUAUGGGGGGCAGCGUUAGCGGUGUUAGCGGUGUUAGCGGUGUUGGCGGUGUUAGCGGUGUUGGAGGUGUUAGCGGUGUUGGCGGUGUUAGCGGUGUUGGCGGUGUUAGCGGUGUUGGCGGUGUUGGCGGUGUUAGCGGUGUUGGCGGCGUUAGCGACCUUAGCGGUGUUACUGAGCUUCGCGGCGUGGAUGGCGCUUUUGGUGGCUCCUUCAGCCCUCGAAUGGGCCUGCACGACCUGGGCGCCCCCAGGAGGGAAUUCAACAACGGAGGCAGCGGUAACGACAGCUACAUGAACUUCAACCAGGAGAGGCGAGGCAGCCUCCACGAGCAGAAAAUCCUGAAGGAGCUGGGACAAUUCUCCGGCAUGACCUACCCGGGUAUGCACGACCACCUAAAAGGAGCACUGGUGGCGAGGGCCAACUCGUACGCCAGCAACACGAGCAAUGUCGGUAAUGUCAGCAAUGUCACUAAUAUGAGUAACGCCACCAAUUUUAACAAAUUUCUCGACCUGUACGGAAAGAUCAAUUACAGUGGAAGGGAGGCGGAGAGUAGAAGCGGAAUAGACGGAAGGAUCGGAAUGAGCGAUCGAAUAAACCUCGAUGGCAGAGUGUCCGUAAACAACCUGGGCGGCAUCCCCGGAGGAGGAAGCAACCCCCUCAUCGAGAAAGGCAAGAUCCUGAAAAACAGCUCCUAUAAUGACGUCAACGCGAUGCAGGCGAAGAGCAAGCAUGAGAACGGUCAUCUCUAUGGCCUCGGAAAUUACAAGAGUAACUCCUUCAGCACGAACAACCUAAGCUUGCUGCAUCUCUCAAGCAACCACUUGGCGUCCCCGGACAAGGGUACUGGGCACAGCGGCAGUCAUGGAGGAGAUAUCCACGGAGGAGGAAUCCACGGGGGGGGUAGUCACAGUGGCAGUCAUAGUGGUAAUCAUGUAGGAAGCCACGGCCACCUCAACUGCAGCUGCUGCCACGCGGAACCGCUGAAACAUUUGGCGAAGGUCGCAUCAAACGAAAAUAAAUUGAAAGAAAUAAACCUCAGCACGAGUUUGAACAGAGGAAACUACGAUACUGACAAUUUCGACCACUUCUAUACCGCAGGUAGCAACAGCAGAGUGUUGAAUUCGUAUCAGGACAUGGAAAAGAAGAUCACGGAAAAGAAAGGCGAAAAUGAGCACCUCCUCCUCGGCGCUCCCUCCAACUACGCAAGCAGUAUGAGCAUCAGCAUGAGCGGUAUGAACAGCCUGAACAACCUGAACAGCCUGAACAGCGGUGUUGGCCAGUCGCACGCGCGAAGCGGACAAGGCGAAAAGGCAAUCAAUAUGUCCUUCUUGGACGACUUCAAAGCGUCCAUACAGCAUUUUAUAAACAACAAAAAUGACAAGGAAUUCGAAAAGGAGGAGGAGAAAAAAAAAAGAAUCCUCGAGCAGAAACACAUCCUACAAAUGAAGGACAGUAGCAAUAAUGAGGAAAAUGAGAGCCUUAAAAAAAUAAACAGCUUUUAUGAAAAUAUUUUGAGCAAUACGUUUGAACAUAACAUUGGCAGUGCGUUGGGCCGAGCGGAGGAACGGAACAUCAAACCCGCUAACAACCUUCUGCCUGAAGCGGAUCGCGAGGAAGACUUGGACACUUCCGACAGGAAGAAGCAGAAGGCCCGCGAGAGGAAGAAGAAGAAUAAAAAGGACGGAAACGUCGGCCACGUCGGCGGUGGCGCUCACAACAGUGGAAAGGACGAUUCGGAUGAGCGCUCUGAUGAUGUGGGUGCAUACCAGUUCGCCGGCAACAUGGGUGGUAUCGACGGCAACAUGGCUGCUAGCGAAGGCAACAACGCACUCAGCACAAACGUGAAUGCUUACCCACAAAGCUUUGGAAACACCAUCGCGGAGAUCUUCUGCAAAAAUAAUAUGAGUAUAGCAAACGAUGACAAGGAAGAACCGGUCGCCAUAAACGACGCCGCAAGAUACGAAGCUGCAAGAUACAACGCUUCAAGUUACGAAGCUGCAGGUUACGACGCUGCAAGAUACAGCGCUGCAAACUACUACGCUGUAAACUACGACGCCGAGCGCACAAAUAGGAGUGGAAAUGAUCUCAGUGCCCCCCUGAUGGAGGAGAAUCUCCACAUGAACGAAAACCUAGAAAUGAAGUAUCGAGCACUAUUUGCUAACGUAACGGACAACUUCAUUCACCAAAACAACAUGAUGAGUAAGAGCAACAACGUGAAGAUGGCUCAGGAGUAUAAGGACAUGCUUAACAACACCAUGUCGAGAGGGAAUCAAAUGGAAAGUAAACGGCUAGCUCACGACUUUCUAAUGAAUAGCAAUAAUUCCGUCGCGAACUAUAUGAAUGAACUUGUCUCACCCUCGCCCCCACCUCCUUCCUCGUCGUCCUCCUACAAUAAUAACAGUUUGAAUCGCAUGGAAAAGGGCACACAUGAUAUGGACCUACUGAAUAGCACCACCAACGCGUUGUUAUUUAAGAGGCUGGGAAACUUCGGACCGAUGAGUGGUGACCUCCCAGUGAGUGGCGACCUCUCAGUCAGGGGAGACCUUUCAGUCAGGGGAGACCUCUCAGUCAGGGGAGACCCCUCAGUCCGGGGCAACUUCCCCAUGGGGCACUACCUGAGCGACAACAACCACGGGGGCCAAAACGUACCUAACAUGAAAUACCAGAAUGCACUGAAGAAUAAUUUCCUCUGCGUAGGAGGCGAAGCGACGAAGAGCAUGAGCGAGUCCAACAUCGUAAAUAUGCUGUCGGAUCUAAAUAACAAGGACCUCUUUAAAUCCAUGAACAUCAAUAGCGGAGGCAGCGGAAAUUACAUGAAUCACAUGGUGGCGGACGCUUUUUUCCCCGAGAGUAACAGUCACGGGAUGAUGGUGGGCCUGCAGAAUAAUGGGGCGAGGAGGAACGUGCCGGACAAGUACAGCCUGCUGGGGGCGGAGGCCAGCGGCAAGGCGCUCGAGCCGCGCAGCAGCAGCAAUGCCGGCGGUGGAAACCUUAGCGGUGGAAAUCUUAGCGGCGGGAAUGUCGGCGGCGGAAGUGUGAGAGGCCUCGCGCACCUGCACCCCUCCAACAGCUACAGCAACCUCUAUGACGCCAAGGUGAAUUCCGUCUCUUUGAGGAAGUAUCGCCCCAUGAACUCGUUCUUCGACCUCGAGGAGGGCAAGGAAGAGACCAGCAACAACGGAAAUAACCUCAGGAGCAAAGCCAACAUCAUGAUCCCACCAAGCGACCUGAUGAGCAGUAGCAGUGGAACCCACCUCCCCAUGAACAACAUGCACCUUGGAGAAGAUCGAAGCAAGAACAUGCUUUUUUUAAACAACGCGUACGACAUAAUGAACCCGAGCUGCACGAGAAGCCCUAAUAAUACUGAUGUGCAAAAUGGAAAGUCCCCAUACACCUACGCAGAAGUGAAGAACAUGUUCAGAGAAGGAACACUUAUCAACAACGCUAAUAUUAGCAGUAAUGGAAUUGGUAAUAACCUGGGGAUGCAAUUUAGCAAUCCCCUGGCUACCUCCUAUUUCAACAAGACCUAUGCCAAUGUAGAGGUGGCGAAUAAAUUUAAAGACUUCGACGAGAGGCAACAGAAUUUGAUUUACAAUCUGAUGAAGCAGAAUGCAGAGCAAGAAGGCAUCAGUAACAGCAGCCUGAUUGGAGACUAUAACGAGAGUAAACGCGGCAAUAAUGAUACCCUGCUUAAUGCCCCGGUUAAUGUCCAGCUUGGAAGUAAAAGCAGACUAGAGGCGAGCUCUUGUCUGGAGGCAGAUAUUCGGGAUCGAAACAUCAGCGGCAAGGUGCACGUCUCCGCGGGGAAGAAGAAGCAAACCAAUGCGAAGAAGCACUCGGAUGAGGGAUGCGCUAGCAGCCAAGCUGUUGAGAAGAGCGGCAGCAACAGCAGCAGCAACAACAAGAAGAACAACAAGAACAACUUUGCUAAUAGCGGAGGUCCUUAUGAAACCGAAUUGUCCACCAAAGGAGCGUUAGAAAUGAGCCGCGGCAAAGGGGGAAGUGCUCCUCCGAACAGCAGCGGUUUGCACUCCCUACCCCUUGAUGACAGUUCGACCAAAAUUAAAGAUAAUAAAAUGGCACUUUGCGGCAACAGUAACAGUUGCACCGAAUCGAAUACGCCCCAAAAGAGCGCCGACGUAGCCCCACAGAAGAACACAAAUGAGCAGCAAGCGCCCACGGGAAGUGUGCCGUCCAGCAAUGCUAAGGCCAAUAGCGGAAAGGGGAAAGGCAAUAAGAGUAAGGGUGCUGGCAAGGGAAAUAAGAAAAGCGGCGGGGGCAAGAAGGAUAAGAGCUCCAAGUAA